GCUUUCAGCAGUAGUGGAUGGUGUUUAUGCUGAUCACUCUCAUAUAGCAGGAAAAUUCACGAUGCUGUCAUCCAGCAGAGUCUACGUAGGUGGCAGUAUCAAUACUAGGGCUCUACAAGGAGCGAGGGUCCAUAACAACUUCGUCGGCUGUAUGAGAAAGGUUGAAUUCGUCGCGGAUACAUUGAGGUUGAACCUCCUGGAGUUGGGCAGGUCUGGCAGCCAUCUUAUCCAGGUGGCAGGCCGCUUGGAUUAUAAAUGCCCGACAGGAGAAACACAUGAUCCCAUUACAUUCACCUCCAGGGAGUCUCAUUUGAUUCUGCCGCCAUGGAACGCUAAGAAGUCGGGCAACAUCUCAUUCAAGUUCCGCACGAACGAAGCCAACGGCCUGAUACUUUUCAACGGUGGAAUCAGACCGCCUAGAGUGGACUUAUUCGCUGUCGAAAUCUACAACGGACAUAUCUACGUGCAUCUGGACCUAGGUUCAGGCCCCUCCAAACAAAGGGGCUCUAGAAGGAGGAUAGACGACGGCAUAUGGCAUGAGGUGACUUUCAGGAGGACUGGUAGAGAUUCCAGGAUAACUGUCGAUGGAUUCCACACCGAUUUCAAAACGAUCGAGGGAUCCACAAGUCUCGAACUCGACGGUAACAUGUAUGUGGGUGGUUUGGGGCCUCCCUUCUCGGAGAUUCCGGUGCCUGGAGGACUCUGGACCGCCGUCCUCCAGCAAGGCUACGUCGGUUGCUUCAAGGACCUCGUUAUGAACAAUGAGGCGGUUGAUGUUGCUACUUUCGCUCGAGAGCAGGAUUCUGGGUCGAUCAGAACUCUGUGCCACACCCAACCUCAGCAGUGCCCCUCGCAACCGUGUCUCAACGGAGGCACCUGCACCGAGGGCUGGAACAGGUUCGUCUGCGACUGCACCGGAACCCUUCACAGCGGUCCUACCUGCGGAAAAGAAGCUCCCACGCUCAGCUUCAACGGCACUCAGCACAUGCAAGUCACCAUGGACGCCGAGCAGGUUACUCAGACGGAGGAUGUGGUGCUGAGGUUCCGGACGAGCAAACCGCUCGGAUUGCUCCUGAUCACUAGCACGGCAGAGACGGGAGACAGGAUCGAGCUGGCUGUGGCGGCUGGCAGGAUUCGCCUGGCGCUCAGGAUGGGAGUGAGAGAGAAGAAGAAGGAGGACCGGGAGAAAGACAAGAUAUUACUGGCAGGGCAGAACGUGAACGACAACGAAUUCCACACGAUCAGAUUAUCGAGGAGAGGGUCCAAUUUGAAGCUGCAGCUGGAUAGCCAAUCUCCGAUAAGAGCUGAAAUUCAAGGUAAACACACUUCUUUGCAAUGGCGUACCAUACAUCUGGGUGGACUCUAUCAUCUAGAAGAAGAAAUCAGCAUGUCAACGACAGUGCCUAAUUUUGUCGGUGAUAUCCAGCAGUUUUACUUCAACAAUAUCCCGUACAUAGAAUUGGCGAAGGCGUUAGGCACCGAACAUUCAAUCGCCGGUUUUCCCAUAAUCAAAGUCGCAGCAAAAUUCGUCAAACACGCCACCGACAAUCUCCAUCGGCCCGUGACGUUUCGGUCGAGGCACACCUUCAUCGGUCUACCGAUGUUGCGGGCCUACUCCAGCAUCCACAUCGACUUCAUGUUCAGGACCAGGGAGGCGAACGGGCUGAUCUUGUUCAACGGCGGAAAGAAAGAGGACUUCGUGGCAGUGGAGCUGGUCGAAGGCCACAUCAAUUAUAUCGUCAAUGUUGGUGACGGUACCGUUACCCUGCGUGACACGGUGCGCACACACCUUAACGACAACCGCUGGCACACUGUCGGUAUUCGGAGACCGUCCUCCAAGCAGCACACCCUCAUGGUGGACGACGACAUCGUCAUAGCGACGGAUUCGGGCGCAGGCAACCUGGAACUCGACGGCAUCCUCUAUCUAGGCGGCGUCUACAAGGACCUGUACGCGUUGUUGCCGCAGCAGGAGGUCAAGUCGCGGCACGGCUUCGAGGGUUGCAUCGCCGGGUUGGACCUGAACGGGGAGUCCCCGAACAUCAUGGAGGACGCAGUGGUACACAGCUCGUUGGUCACAGCAGGAUGCGAAAGUCAAUCGGCAAAAUGUAGUCAUAAUGUUUGUGCAAAUGCAGGAAUAUGCGUCCAACAAUGGAAUUCGUACACUUGCGACUGCGAUAUGACUACUUUCACAGGACCAACUUGUUCAGACGAAUCUGUGUCUUAUGAAUUCGGUCCGAAUAGAGGGAUAAUCACCUAUACAUAUCCAGAAGACAACAGACCCGAAAUGCAAGAAGACUCUAUUGCCGUAGGUCUCAUCACGACGAAAUCUGAAGGAGUUUUGUUAAGAAUAGUCAGUGGCACCUCGAACGACUAUAUCGAAAUGUAUAUUGUCGAAGGAAAUGUUUUUGUGGUCUACAAUCUGGGCACUAACGACCUACUGCUAGGGGAAAUUUCAGUGAAAGUCAACGAUAACGCAUAUCAUGUAGUCAAGUAUCAUAGACACGGCCACAAUGCGACUCUACAAGUCGACGAUUAUAAUGUUCAAACGUAUCAUCCCUCAGGUCACCAACUGCAAGUGUUCAAUAGCCAAUCGCAAAUACAGGUCGGAGGUAAAUGGAACAAGAAAAGUAGAAUUGAGCGUCCAUUUUCCGGUGUCAUAUCAGGCGUGGUGGUCAACGGGUUGAGAAUCCUGGACCUAGCUGCAGAAAAAGACGUACACGCCUCCAUCAGAGGAGACGUACAGUUGAUUUCCGGUAUACUCGACAGACAAGAUCAUCUCCAAAAGAUGCAACAGACCCCCGCUUCCGGCUUCCCGGGCCUAGAGGACGACCUCGUCUUCAGCGGCGCAGGCUCCGGUUGCAACGACGGUGACGACGAAGACGAGUGCCCGCCGCUGCCUCCGGAGGCGGGCAGCGGCGGCGACGACGACGACGACCUCGUCACGCCCGUGUACAUCCCACCUACGCGGCCGCCGCCCACCAAGCGACCGCCAAAGGGGGGCGAACAGCGAGGAGGGAAGCCGUGCGACGACGAGGAUUGUGUGCCAGAAGGGAGCGGCAGCGGAGAGGUCACCGAGGAGGCCACCGUGAAGAAUACUGAUCUGACCGAACCGAGUGCGACGUUCUUCGACACUACUUCCCUCAAACCUCCCGAGCAAACCACCCUUCAAACCUUCGCCCCGCCACGCACCACCCCUUCCUCUCCUCUUGCCAACCUCACCACUGAAUCGACGAGGGCUGCUACCACGACCCAGCUCACACCUCCCGCAUCGUCUCCUGCUCCUUCUUCCUCCUUCUUCGAAGAGGAGACCACGGUCGUCGUAUCCACGACGGUGACAGAGAAACCGCCCCAGCGUCCGAUCGUUCCGGUCGCGCUGCCGCCCCCUGAGCUGUAUCCGACUAAUAACGUGUUCAGGCCGCCGUCGACGAAGAAGCCCGAACGAGUGAGCUCGGAGACGUCCGAGGUGGUCGCUCUUAUUAUCGGUAUCAUCGCUGGCGCCCUGAUAGCAAUAAUCCUCAUCAUCCUGGUGAUCCUCAAGUUCAAGUCGCGCAGCGACAGGUCCUUCAAGAUCGACGACUCCAAGUCCUUCCAGCAGGGCCCCAAUGCCGCCCUUUUGGGGAGCGUUUCGGAGGGCGGCACCAACGGCCAGUACCAGCUGAACGGCGCGCUCAGGAACGGGGACAAGGGGGGCGGCGCACAUGCGCAGAAGUCCAAGAAGAGGGACAGCAAGGACAUCAAAGAGUGGUACGUGUAAGUGGCGUUCGGGACUCGGUUGGGGUGUUUGCAGGACUUACCAGGGCGUCGAGGACUCAAAUAGGAUUUUAAAUGCCUUGAAACAGUAUAUUUUCGAAGAACGAGGCCUCAAAGUGUCAGUGUUAAGGUUUUGCAGGACGCCAAGGGCUCGAGUAGGCCUGAGAGAAUUUGAAGUUCUUGCUCGAUCUCAAUGAUUAUAAUGAAUAACACUUUCGAGAUCUCAAAUAUCUUACAUUCCUGACUUUAGUAAACCCUAGUGAAUCCUCAAAACGACAGUAAUGAGGUUUUGCGUCAUCUGAAUCCUCAAAGCAUUAGUUUGAUGAGCUCACAGGGCCACUUCUGAGAACUUAGAA